AUGAAGGACACGAACAAUGAAAGCAAAGACAGGAAGGAGGAGUUACCCAGCAGAGGAUGGCGGGUCCUGCUGGAGGGCAGGUCCACCUCAGAAGGUUCCAGGAUUCAGCAUUUCAAGGUUCUGGUCCUCAAUCUGCUGCAGGAAACAGUGGAGCAGAUCAAAGACAGGAAGAGGCGUUGGAUUGGCGGCCAUGGUGGUCUUCAAGGCCAACAGGAAGAACUGUUCAACAAAACGGUCAUUUGGAAGGCCUCAGGUCCUGGAAGGUCUCAGGUCCUGGAAGGUCUCAGUCUGUCCAGCUGCUGCGGACGGCAGAUAAAUGUGAGGAACAGAUCAGAACUGGUUCUGAUGGAGAACAUUGAACUGGUCCAGGGUGGUGAACAGCACCUGGACCAGCAGGUGUUUUUGGUUUCUCCUGCUCUGUCCACAGCCUCAGAUGCUUCAUCCUCUUCCUCCCCGUCAUCAUCGAGUCCGAACUUUGUGGACUUCAGCUUCAGCCUGGAGCCUCAGGACACGGUAACGGUGCGAGGCGGCGUGCUGCAGCUGGACUGCCAGGCCCAAACGGACGCGGCGGCGGGACCUCCGUCCAUCAAGUGGCGUAAAGACGGAGUGCUGCUGAGCACGGUGGUGGACGAGAGGCGAACACAGCUGGAAAACGGAACGCUGAUGGUCCAGAACGUGGUCCACUCACGGCACCACCGGCCGGAUGAAGGACAGUACCAGUGCCUGGCCACACUGGAAGGACUGGGGAGCAUCGUGAGUCGGACCGCCAGGGUCACCGUGGCCGGCCCGCUCAGGGUGAUUGUUCCCACUGACUCGGUCUCCUCGUUCAUCGGCGACACCGCCCUGCUGCGCUGCGAGGUCUCAGGCGACCCCACCCCCGUCAUUCGCUGGCAGAAGAACCGAGACGACCUGCCGCUGAACUUCCAACCCGAAUCCCGGCUGGCGGUGCUGCCGUCCGGCUCUCUGCAGGUCAGCCGGGUCCAGCCGCCGGACUCGGCCACUUACCGCUGCCUGGCCGAUAACCCCGGCAGCACCAGGACCGGUACGGACGCUGAACUCCGAGUUCUCCCAGGUAAGGAACCUGCUGGGAACUUUAUCCCCACCUGGACUGGUCCAGAGAGGUCCACUGGUUCCACCAGACUCCUCCUGUUCCGCUGCGGUUCUGUGACUCAGCGCUGA